AUGUCUGAGCUCAAGAUCUCCGACGCCGACAAGGAGAAGGUCAAAAAGGCGUUUGACCUCUCGCACUUUGAUAUCAAUGCCAUACUGCGGGGCGUGCAAUUGACCCUGGUUGGAGCACAUCGCGCCUUGCAGAAUCCCGACAUCUUCAACAACGAUCACUAUAAGCAGGCCGCUCUCGCCGUCGGCGCUGGGAUUGGUAUUCGUCUACUGAUAGCUCUGCCUAUCAUAGCCAUCAAGAUAGGCAUCCGCUUGCUGGCCUUGUUUGUAAACCUCGACCAGGCAUCAUGGGACGAGAACCUCGUCGACGCUCUCGAGCUCAUCGCCAACCACGUCCUCCAAGCGCCCUUGUUUCUCAUGACGCUGAUGCGCUACGUGACGCCGACCCUGGAUAACAUGUUCAUGGAUUCCCUCCGCUGGGUGGACAUGACAUACGUCCAGAAGCACAAGAACGAGGAUCCCGACAAGCUGCGGGACAUGUUCUACCCGAACCUUCGCCAGUACAAGACCAAGGACGGCAGCACCCACUCGACAAGCACCGCCGAGGCUUUGACCAUGUAUCUUUACCGCUUCGGUCGAAAGGCGGCCAUUUCCUUGGCCAUCUUCGCGCUAUCCUAUAUCCCGUACGUUGGCCGACUGGUCCUUCCGGCUGCCAGUUUCUAUACCUUCAACAAAGCGGUCGGCCUAGGACCGGCUGCCGUCAUCUUUGGGACUGGCCUAUUCUUCCCCAGACGAUAUCUGGUCAUCUUCUUGCAGACUUACUUUGCGUCGCGCAGCCUCAUGCGCGAACUUCUCGAGCCGUACUUUGCGCGUGUUCACAUGACCAAGGCCGAGAAGAAGAACUGGUUUCGCAGUCGGGAGGGACUCUUGUUCGGCUUUGGCAUUGGUUUCUAUACCCUGUUGCGUGUGCCGCUGCUUGGCGUCUUGAUAUAUGGCAUUGCCGAGGCGUCAACCGCAUACCUCAUCACCAAGGUGACGGAUCCCCCGCCGCCGCCAUCGCAGGGCCGGGACUUCGCCGCGAGCCAGCAGGUUUGGAGAAAUAAGCACGAGUUUCUGAGCCUGUCGCUCUUCGACUUGGAUUCUCUGCACGCCCGCCAUGAUACGCCGUCCAGGGCGACUGGAGGCGCUUCUUCGGGUAUGCCCUCUCAACCCCCUUCUUACCAACAAGCCACCGAGGGCAGAAAAGACAUGUAG